AUGGCCUUACCAGCGCAACCAAUUCGAUCACUCAAGAAAAGGAAAAAUAAAAAGAUGAAGAAGACAGCGUUAGGAAACAAAUUAGAUAAGCUGAAUUCACAAGAAGCUCAGGCAUCAGCUGCGAUUAUGGCAAAGUUAUUGGGUCAGAGUACUUCGAACAGAAUUGAUGAAAUCCAAAACAAAGAUCAUUGUAUAUAUGAGGGUGGCCAGGACUCCGUUUGGACAGAUGAUGAAGAUGCAACACCACGCGAGUAUGUCUCCUUCCAAGCUAGGACCCAACGGGAACAAGCGCAGAUGAGAGCCGCUGCACCCCUCAUAUUUUCCGAAUUCAUGAGGUGCUCCAAAAGAACGUACCAAUGGGGAGAUGAGGAAAGUUGGAAUCGUGACUGGAAGGCUGCUUGUAAAUGUACUACUGACCAACAAGAGCGGUCAAUCGACGUUGUUGAUAUCACUUGUCAGUUUCCAAAUCUUUCUUGA